AUGAAUUUGUCUCACCUAAACAACAGAGCUGAGAGCCGCUUUAAAGUAUCAGAGGUGCAUGAAUUGGAGACAGUGGGGAAGAAUGCUUGGGAUAAUCCUGUUUACAAUGGCUCUCCCUCUACCUCCUUGAAAAUUCAAACCAUCUACAACCCCAAGUCUGUCCUGGAGAAUCCCUACGAGAAUUUUGAAGAGGUUGGGGAUUCACUGCCCUACCAGGAAGAACAGAGCAAAGCUGUGAAUGGGAAGACAAGUCCUUUCCUCAAGUGCUGCUUCUACAUCUUCAGAGGCAUCCGAGGUCUGUGGGGCACUACGCUGACUGAGAAUACGGCUGAGAACAGGGAGCUUUACGUGAAGACCACCCUGCGAGAGCUGCUGGUCUAUGUUAUGUUCUUGGUGGACAUCUGUCUCUUGACAUAUGGAAUGACAAGUUCCAAUGCCUAUUACUACACCAAAGUGAUGUCUGAGCUCUUCCUGCAGACCUCUACAGAUGGCCGUAUCUCCUUCCAGUCCAUUGGCAGCAUGGCUGACUUCUGGGUGUAUGCACAAGGUCCCCUGCUGGAUAACCUUUACUGGACAAAGUGGUACAACAACGAGUCCCUGGCAGCACACAGCACCCAGUCAUACAUCUACUAUGAGAACCUGCUGCUGGGUGUCCCACGCAUGAGACAGCUGAAGGUGAAGAACAACUCCUGUGUGGUCCAUGAUGACUUCAAGGAGGAAAUCUCGGGCUGCUAUGAUGUAUACUCUGAAGACAAGGAGGAAAGGGUCUCCUUUGGGCUCAUCAAUGGAACGGCGUGGAGGUACCAUUCUGAGGAGGAGCUAGGUGGUUCAUCUCACUGGGGAAGACUAACCAGUUACAGUGGGGGAGGAUACUACAUAGACUUCAAGAUGACCAGAGAAGAGAGUGCUGAAGCCCUGCAGGUCUUGAAGGAGAAACUGUGGCUGGAUCGGGGAACACGAGUUGUCUUUAUUGAUUUCUCUGUGUAUAAUGCAAAUAUCAAUCUGUUCUGUGUUCUGAGGUUAGUGGUUGAGUUUCCAGCCACUGGUGGUGCUGUUCCCUCCUGGCAAAUCCGGACAGUGAAGCUUAUACGCUAUGUCAGCGCAUGGGACUUCUUCAUUGUGGCCUGUGAAAUUGUAUUCUGUGUCUUCAUCUUCUACUAUGUGGUGGAAGAGGCUUUGGAGCUCCGUAUCCACAAGUUUCAGUACUUCGCCAGCAUCUGGAACAUUCUGGAUGUGGUUGUCAUUCUGCUCUCCAUUGUUGCCAUUGGGUUUCACAUCUUUCGCACCACUGAGGUGAACAGGCUGCUGGGAGAGUUGCUGGAACACCCCAACACCUACGCAGACUUUGAAUUCCUGGCAUUCUGGCAGACACAGUACAACAAUAUGAAUGCAGUCAACUUAUUUUUUGCCUGGAUCAAGAUAUUCAAGUACAUUAGCUUUAACAAAACAAUGACCCAGCUCUCCUCCACGCUGGCACGUUGUGCCAAGGACAUCCUGGGCUUUGCCAUUAUGUUCUUCAUUGUCUUCUUUGCCUAUGCCCAGCUGGGUUACCUUCUUUUUGGGACCCAAGUGGAAAACUUCAGUACCUUUGUUAAAUGCAUUUUCACCCAGUUUCGGAUCAUUCUCGGUGAUUUUGACUACAAUUCCAUUGACAAUGCCAAUAGAGUCCUUGGGCCUAUUUACUUUGUCACCUACGUGUUCUUUGUUUUCUUUGUGCUUCUGAACAUGUUUCUGGCCAUCAUCAAUGACACCUACUCAGAAGUCAAGGAGGAGCUGUCGAGCCAGAAGGAUGAGCUGCAACUCUCUGACAUCUUGAAGCAGAGCUACAACCGGACACUCAUGAGGCUGAAGCUGAAGAAGGAGCGGAUUUCUGAUGUGCAGAAAGCCCUGCAGAAUGGAACAAAGCAACUAGACUUUGAAGACUUCAAGAACAGCUUGAAGGAACUGGGCCAUGCAGACCAUGAGAUCACAGCAGCUUUCUCCAGAUUUGACAAAGAUGGCAACCACAUCCUUGAUGAAGAGGAGCAACAGCAGAUGAAGAGUGACCUAGAGGCAAAAAGGGUUGCUCUGAAUACAGAGAUUGAAAAUCUAGGGAAAUCCUAUGGUGAUAACAAUCUGGAUGAGAAUCUGACCUACAUGGAAGCAAGGAAUAACCACACCAAUAAGGCCACCUGGGUCUCCAAAGAAGAGUUCCAAGUCCUCCUGCAUCGUGUGCUGCAGCUGGAACAGUCCAUAAACAGUAUUGGCUCCAAGAUUGAUGCAGUGGUGAACAAGCUCGAUGUACCAGAAAGAAAAGAGCUGAAGAGGAAGGAUCUGUUGGGCAAACCACUGGGUGAUGUUCUUAAGGAGGAAGAAACCAGUCAGGAAGAGCUGCACCCCCAGAGCCUAGACCAGCUGGGGAAAGAAGAAGCAGAAAGCUGGGGGAUGGAACACAUACAGAGAAACAACUUGAGUGGCAACUCUUCCCAAAAUGGAAUCUAUCACAUGCCCAAGUCAAGUGUGCUGGGGUCUCAGGUGCCCAAGAACCUCUAG